AUGUGGGCUUAUACUAUAGUUUCCAGCUUACUGCUUGGUCUCCUUAUCAAUUCUCCAACCACAGUCUCCGCUCAGUCCCCGAAAGUUUCAACAAUUUUUCAAUUUCCCAACCUCGGGUCAUGGAUUGAGGGUAUCGCUGUUCGUCCCAACGGGCAGCUCCUAGUGACUAGACUUGAUACGCCCGAGAUAUGGUCGGUCGACCCCACAACUCAGACCGCAUACUCGGUCCAUACCUUUCCCAAUGCUACUAGUGUCAUCGGUAUUACCCCGAUUGGGAAUGACGUCUAUGCAGUAGGAGCUGGCGUUGUCAAUCAAUCUACAUUCGCAGCCACGGCUGGAACUUUUGUCGUUUGGAAGGUUGACUUGCGGGGCAGGACGCCUAGUGUCAGCGUCAUCAACUCCAUCCCAGCCGCAACAUCCCUCAGUGGUAUGGCCUAUUUUGAGGGAUCGAACAGCAAAUCGAAAAACACUUCCUUGAUUCUCAUUGCCGACACAGCGUUGGGUGCCAUCUGGCGCCUGAAUCCUAAGACAGGGGCAUACUCAAUCGCUAUCUCCGAUGCCAGUAUGCUGCCUGCGCCCUACGGCCCCCCAAUUGGCAUCAACGGAAUUAGGCUCCUCGGAAAUACGCUCUACUAUACAAGCAGCACUCAGCAGGAAUACUGCAGCGUCAAACUGAACUCCGAUGCCUCUGCGGCGAGUGCGAUUCAAGUCAUUGCAAGCGGGUUCUUCCAAGAUGGCCUUGCAAUCACCGAUAAAGGAAAUGCCUACAUCACAACUCAUAUCCAAAACACCGUUAUCAAGGUCACUCCCGAUGGAAACGCGACUGUAUUUGCCGGAAGCCUGAAUUCCACUGCCGUUGCUGGGUCGACAGAUGCCCAGUUCGGUACUUAUAAGAAAAAGCAGGUGUUGUAUGUCACAACAAAUGGCGCACUCAGUAGUCCAGUGAAUGGUACUUUCACUGAGCCUGCAAAAGUUGUGAUGAUUGGGGCUUGUUAA